CACCGGAGACAUUUUCCCAAUUGUCCAUUUUUGGAAAAUUCUUUAGAACCGUUGAGGUUCAGCAUUUCAAAUCUGAGCAUGCAGACACAUGCAGCUCGACUGAGAACAUUUAUGUACUGGCCACCUAGUGUUCCGGUUCAGCCCCAGCAACUUGCAAGUGCUGGUUUUUAUUAUGUGAGUCGCAAUGAUGAUGUCAAAUGCUUUUGCUGUGAUGGCGGACUGCGGUGCUGGGAAACUGGAGAUGAUCCGUGGGUGGAGCACGCCAAGUGGUUUCCAAGGUGUGAGUUCUUGAUACGCAUGAAAGGGCAAGAGUUUGUUGAUGAGAUUCAAGGUAGAUAUCCUCAUCUUCUCGAACAGCUGUUGUCAACGUCAGACCCUCCCGGAGAUGAAAUUGCUGAUCCACCAAUUCAUCUUGGACCAGUGGAGAGUUCCUCAGAAGAUGUGGUCAUGAUGAACACACCUGUGGUGACCGCUGCCUUGGAAAUGGGCUUCAGCAGAAGCCUGGUGAAACAGACAGUGCAGAGUAAAAUGCUCACAACCGGGGAGAACUUCAAAACAGUUAAUGAUAUCGUGUCAGCACUUCUUACUGCCGAGGAUGAAAAACAAGAAGAGGAGAGCGAACGGCUAACUGAAGAAAUGGGCUCAGAUGACUUGACAUUAAUUCGGAAGAAUAGAAUGGCUCUCUUUCAACAGCUGACCUGUGUGCUUCCUAUCCUGGAUAAUCUUUUAAAAGCCAGUAUAAUUAAUAAGCAGGAACAUGAUAUUAUUAAACAAAAAACACAGAUACCUUUACAAGCGAGAGAACUGAUUGAUACUGUUUUGGUGAAGGGAAAUGCUGCAGCUAACAUCUUCAAGAAGUGUCUAAGAGAAAUUGACUCUACACUAUAUAAGAACUUAUUUGUGGAGAAGAAUUUGAAGUAUAUUCCAACAGAAGAUGUUUCAGGUCUGUCACUGCAGGAGCAACUGAGGAGGUUGCAGGAAGAGCGAACUUGUAAAGUGUGUAUGGACAAAGAAGUUUCCAUCGUAUUUAUUCCUUGUGGUCAUCUGGUAGUAUGCCAGGAGUGUGCCCCUUCUCUAAGAAAAUGCCCUAUUUGCCGGGGCAUAAUUAAGGGUACUGUUCGUACAUUUCUGUCAUGAAAGAUAAGGAGGCUAUGAUUUAGCCUACACAGAAUACUCUUUAAGGUACUCUUGAAGGUUUGAAGCAAUCUGAAGACAAGACAGGAGCCCAGAGUGCUGCUAACCAGGGGGGUCAGUUUGAGCCCACCAGCUGUUUCGUGGGAGAAGGAUGUGGCAUCUGCUUCCCUAGAUAGUAGCCAUGGAAACCCUAGAGGGCAGUUCUCUGUCCCAUCGUGUCCCUGUGCGUUGGCGGAAUCCACGCCUUGGUUUAGAAGUACCGGGAGACUGACUGGCUUUUACAGCAGUAACAUUGUGUUCUAUUCUGCUUUGGGAUGAAUAAUCUUGUUUCCAAGAAGAAAAGUAUUCUAUAUCACAUUUAAUUUUUUGAUUUGCAAGGAGAGAUUUUUGUUUGCUGAGUUAUACCGGUUUAUAUGUGUGUGGUAGUAGGAAGAAUGAAAGCAGUAGCCAUGGUGCUGUUAUGUAUCAUUUUAGAAGUAAGUUUCUAGAUUUGGAAUUCUCUCUGGACGUUUUAAGUGUAGCAUAAGAACAAGCUUAAAGGAACUGGAAACCAGAAACU